AUGUUUCAUUACACAAGAUGGCCAGAUCAUGGAGUUCCUGACCCACUCAGCAUCGUUAUAUUUCAUCAACAUGUGAUAAGGGUUUCUGAAUUUUCUCGCGGGAAAUACAUUCUAGUACAUUGCAGUGCAGGAAUUGGUCGUACAGGGACCUAUAUUGGUUUGGACGCCCUCUAUCGAGAAGGCUUGGAAUCAGGAAAAAUAAACGUACCAAAAUAUGUUGAAAUCAUGAGAAAGGACCGUAUGAAUAUGAUACAGGGUCAUGAUCAAUACAAGGUUGUUUAUUUGGCACUGAAUGAGUCUUUCCGAGGAAAAUGGAAGUGUUUAUCGACUGAUCAGUUUUUACAAGAAUAUCAGGGAACUUUCUACGGAAAUACAUCUAAAUCACAGCUUCACAGCGAUUUUAAGGAAUUGAUAGCCAUCAAACGAAAAUUUUCAGCUAAUGAUUUUGAUACUGGUCGAUCAAAUAUGGAGGCAAAUUUUACAAUAUCAGUUUUACCCGUGGAGGAAUACAUGUGCCGUCUUGCCUAUGUAAAGGAUAGAGGGACAUAUUAUAACGCAGUCUGUCUUCAGGCAUUCACAAGUAACGACAGUUUGAUCAGUGCACAGUUCCCCCUUCCCGACUACACCGAGGACUUUCUCAGACUAUUGAAGGACUUCAGCGUCCAUACUGUAGUUUUCAUGUGUCCUCUUAGAGAUAUAAAAUCGUCAGCGUUGUGGUUUCCAUUUCAUAAGAGAGAGAAAAAAGUUGGGCCAUUCUCAAUAAAAUUCAUAGAUUCUACAUCUGCAAUAAACAUUACAAGAACGAAUAUUGUACUGACUAAAGAGGGAAGUAGUGGCACAAGAUUAACUGUACUUGAAUGUACAGCAUGGAAAGAAGCAAUGUCAUCUUUGGACCAUAGGGUGUUGUUAGAUGUAGUCAAAGAAACACAAAUUGAAGAACUCCCGUCUGAAACAAAAAUUUUGAUCUUGUCCAGUGAUGGUGCAAAACGUUGUGGGCCAUUUUGCGUUGUAUACAAUGCUUUGCAACAAAUCUCCCUUGAUAAGGAAGUGGACGUCUUCACAAUAACACGCUUGCUUCAGAUUCGAAGACCAGAGUUUAUUUCCACAUUGGAUGAAUAUCAACUCUGCCACGAUGCUCUGACCGAAUAUUUACAGAAUGACACCGUUUAUGCAAACUGUUAAAGGAUUGUUUGCUAAAUUGACAUACUUACAGGACGUGUUAUUCUUAUUGUUUAUUUAAUUUCCAACUCCAGCAUCGAAACAAUUGAAUCUUAUUUCAAACGUUAGCUACUUCCAGGCAUAGAAGACGUCACCAAAGAUAAAUCAAUAGCCAAGAAAUAUGCAAUUUAUUAAAAGAAACACUUAUUUGACAAAUGAACACAAAAGUAUUGUCUUUGUAUAACUUUUGUUGAAAUUUUAUAGGUAGAUUUUUGUGUUUCAUACUUCAUGAAUCGA